UUGCACGUAACCACGCGCUUUAUUUCUGUGGUUACACGGCACUCGCAGGGAACCAAUCGUAGACGUUUCCUGAGUCUUUACUUCUACGCCUACUGAUGUCUUUCGUCUGUAUGUGAAACCUCGAACUUCGAAGAGUACUUAUAAAUGGUGUUUAGUGGCCUUUGAGAAUUCACUUUAUAGUAGUAGCACUUCGCAUUGCCGUCUAAAAAAAAUUUUGAAGAGGACAAAAAAAUCCGGAGAUGAGUUUCUUAUUUGGAAGCCGUUCAUCAAAGACUUUCAAGCCCAAGAAGAAUAUCCCAGAAGGCUCUCAUCAGUAUGAACUGCUGAAACAUGCAGAGGCCACGUUAGGAAGCGGAAACCUCCGAGCUGCUGUCAUGUUACCAGAGGGAGAGGACCUUAACGAAUGGAUUGCGGUCAAUACUGUGGACUUCUUCAACCAGAUCAACAUGCUCUAUGGCACAAUCACUGAAUUUUGCACAGAAACCAGCUGCUCUGUUAUGUCUGCGGGGCCUAGGUAUGAAUAUCACUGGGCAGACGGCACCAACAUCAAAAAACCCAUCAAGUGUUCUGCUCCCAAGUACAUUGACUACUUGAUGACCUGGGUUCAGGAUCAGCUGGAUGAGGAAACUCUCUUCCCAUCUAAGAUCGGCGUUCCUUUCCCAAAGAACUUCAUGUCAGUGGCAAAGACUAUACUGAAGCGUCUGUUCAGGGUUUAUGCUCAUAUUUACCAUCAGCAUUUUGACUCGGUCAUGCAGCUUCAGGAGGAAGCUCAUCUUAACACCUCCUUCAAGCAUUUUAUCUUCUUUGUACAGGAGUUCAAUCUCAUUGAUCGCAGAGAGCUGGCACCCCUGCAGGACCUUAUUGAGAAACUAGGCAGCAAGGAUAGAUAAACACUGAUAUGAAUACCAUAUUGGUCAGCCUUAAUGCAUUUUCCAGAAAGCCUUUCUUUUGUCCUGUCCACUUUUUGGAGUCUGAAUUUGUUUUGUGCACUGAUUGUCUUCGUUGUAUCUCAGCUGUGCUUCCUGAAGCUCAUAGAAGAAGUCAUCCUGAAAAC